GACUACUGUAAACAUGGCGGCGUCCUCAUCAGCAGGACGCGUCUUGACUCUUUGCAAGCAAUUUCAAAAUGUGAUGAGGAUAUGUUCAGCGGUAAAGACUCAGCAGCACUGUGCCGUCAAUGCGACCCAAUACCUGAAUCGAAUUUACAGGGAAAAGUCUACACUUGCUGCCCUUUCUUGGUGCAGUCCAACAAGCUCUUUGAGUCAGUAUCGAGCUCUGCACACAACCAUCAGCAGAAGAGGACUGGAAGAGUUUUUUGACCUCCCUGAGAACUGGGGAGAGACCAAUGUGAAGUCAGGUGCUCCAUGGACUGCAAAACAUCUGAGAACUAAGAGCAAUGAGGAUUUACACAAACUCUGGUAUGUGCUGCUGAAAGAAAGGAACAUGCUGCUGACAAUUCAGCAGGAAGCAAAAAGGCAAAGGGUUCAGAUGCCAAGUCCGGAAAGGUUAAGGAAGAUUGAACGUUCCAUGAUCCGGUUGGAGACAGUGGUCACUGAGAGAGAGACGGCUUUGCGUCUGCUGCAGACAGGACAGGAAAAAGGCCGACCAGGAGCCUGGAGGAGGAAUCUAUUUGGGCAUGUCUACUGGUAUCGAUUCAAAGAGUAUGCAAUUCCUUGGUACAUGAAUAAAAGAUAUAAGCGAAAGAAGUUCUACACACCAAAGUUUGUCCAACCACACAUGAGACUGCGUUUGGAGAAAAGCCUCCAGAAUAGGAUCAGGAGAGCAAACUUGAAGAAGCAAAAAGAGGCCAAACUGAGGGAGAAAUUCCCUCAAAUGAAGGUCUCUUCAUUAUGAAAUUACAGGCUCUCAUUGUACAGCUGUCACAUGUUUCAAGAAAAAAUGUCCUUUCCACUUCUUAUUGAUAAGUAUAUACAUGGCAGUCCGAGUCAUGCCAAUUAAAAUAACCGAGUGUCUUGUCAUUUUUAUCUGCGUUUAGAUUUAUUUGUCCAGCUGUUUGGUUGGUACUAUAGGAUAAAUUAUGCUACGCCCUAAAAACACACCAGAUAGUGUGGGGAGGAUUUUAGUUAUUGUUGGGUAUCAUGUGACCUUGGAUAAUCUUUCAAAUAUAACUUUCAUUACCCACUUGUCUGUACAUAUAAAAUUGUUUCCUGUUAAAAGAAAAACCCACUCAAUAAAUAUUUAACAAAAAGGGUUUUUUUCAGAUACUUUGUAGCCAAGCAAAAGUGAAAAUUAAAUACAAAUUUAUUUGAGUUGACACAUGAAGCACAGGCAUGAACUGGCUGCCUUUGACAAGUUUACUCACUACAUAGAAAAAGGCUUAUGGACAAAAAACAUUUUUUACCCCAAACUAAGGUUGAUCUUCCUAAAAGUAGUUUACCGUGUUCUGCAAAAACCUUGCACGUUAUGUGCUAUUUUCCCCCCGUGACCAAUAACUGAACUUCAAUACACAUCGAGCUAAAACUGACCGACUGCAAGGUGUCCACAAAACAGCAACAACCAAAUGUUAAGGAGACAAACCAACUGUAAUGACAUAAACAGAAAUAAACAUUUUUCACUGUGA